AUGGAUAAAUCCCUACCUGAGAAGCCUUUACCGGUAGCUCCCAAUGUCGCUCCUCUUCCAGCAUACACCGUCGGAGGACCCUCAAUACCUGGCUUCCAGACGCGCUUCGCCUCUCUAUCUCUCCAUAUGGAAGACAGACUACGCUUCCUGCGAUUCCCUCCAGACGUUGUGAAUACCUGCCGUCAGACCAUCGUGACGACAUGGAAGCGAGGUAUUCAAGGCGAGCGCGUUUACGCCGGAUCUUACGAGUUCAAAACGAUGGGUCACCCGUGGCGCGGGGCUGGCGAUGAAGCUAUGGAAGCAAGAAGAUUAGUGUGCGCACUUCUGGGUACGCUGCAUACGAUGGGCUGGGUAUUGACGCUCAAUACCGACGUGAGCAAGAGCGUCAGGGAUAAGGAUACUCUGCUCUUCAGGCAUCAAAUCCCGGCGCCAGCGGAGUGUGAAUGGGGUUGCGUUGCUUUCUCGAAGACAGAUCGGAUUCGCUUCAUUGAUCUACCACCUGAGAUUUGCGGGGCUGUAGCUUCCAAGAUCGACCAGUCUUGGGUGAAAGAGCAAUCCAUCUACAUGCAAGGCGUGUAUGAAAUCAGACUUCAUGGCUCACCCUGGUACUCAAAUGGGACGGAUACGAUGAAGGUGCGAGAGUUGUUGCUUGUGCUUUUGGAAACUCUAGAGGAGGAGGGUUGGACGGUUUACGCAAGUAUUGAUCAGAAAAACGGCACUGAAAACACUACCGAAACUGAUACUUGGCACUGCAGCAAACCGAAAGGUUGGGUCAAGGGUACACCAGUAUACCACAGUUGA